GCCUGCCCUCUGUGCUGACCCCAGGAUGGGCAGCAAGAGCUGGAGCUGGGCUCUGGUCUGGGCUUCUGUGGCCUUGCUCAUGGUGUGGCCAGCAGAUAGCCAGGGUCGGGUAAAUCUGAGCUUGGAACCACAAGAACUCGCCGGAGACCAUCAGAACGCGUAUAGUGCUCCCACGUCCUCGUCCACGAAGCAUGUCACCUACAUCCCACCGAUCACUCUCAUCCCUAGCAUGAGCCCCUUGAAAGUGGCACACAAUGGGAGAGUUUGCAGCACGUGGGGUGACUUCCAUUAUAAGACCUUCGACGGUGAUGUGUUCCGCUUCCCUGGCCUCUGUAACUAUGUCUUCUCUUCACACUGUGGGGCCACCUACGAGGACUUCAACAUCCAACUGCGGCGUGGUCUUGAGGGCUCCAGGCCCGUGGUCACCCAUGUGGUCCUCAAGGUCCAGGGGCUGGUGAUUGAGCUGAUCAAUGGUUCUGUCCUGGUGAACGGAUAUCGGGAGGAGCUGCCCUAUAGCCGUUCAGGCCUUCUGAUGGAAAAGAGCAGUGGGUAUGUGAAGAUCACCAUCUGGAUGAUCCUCACCUUCCUGUGGAAUGAAGACAGCGCCCUGCUGGAGCUGAGCUCCCAAUACACCAACCAGACGUGUGGGCUGUGCGGUGACUUCAACGGGCUCCCAGCUGUCAACGAGUUCUACGCCCACAACACCAGGCUGACCCCUGUACAGUUUGGAAACCUGCAGAAGCUGGAUGGUCCUACAGAGCAGUGCCAGGAUCCCCCACCCACAGCCAUCACCAACUGCACAGAUAAGGAGGACAUCUGCCGCCACGUCCUGCUUGGCCCUGCCUUUGCUGAGUGCAGGCCCCUGGUAGACGUCAAUGUGUACUUGGAUGCCUGUGUCCAGGACCUGUGCCGUUGUCCCACAUGCCCAUGUGCCACUUUUGCUGAGUAUUCCCGUCAGUGUGCCCAUGCAGGGGGCUAUCCACAGAACUGGAGGAGCUCUGAUUUCUGCAACUGGCCAUGCCCUCUCAACAUGGAACACCAGGAGUGCGGCUCACCCUGUGUGGAUACCUGCUCCAAUCCACAACACUCUCAGCUCUGCGAGGACCACUGCACAGAUGGCUGCUUCUGCUCACCAGGCACUGUGCUCGAUGACAUCACACACUUGGGUUGCCUGCCCCUGGAGCAGUGCCACUGCACCCAUGGUGGCCGCAUUUAUGCCCCUGGAGAGUCCUUCAAUACCAGCUGCAGCUCCUGCACCUGCUCCGGGGGACUGUGGAAGUGCCAGGACCUGCCAUGCCCCAGCAUCUGCGCUGUGCAAGGCGGAUCCCACAUCUUCACCUACGACAUGAAACCCUACAAUGUGCAUGGAGAUUGCAGCUACAUCCUGACCAAGGAAUGUAUAAAUAGCAGCUUCACUGUUCUGGCUGAUCUGCGGAAAUGUGGGGUGUCGGAUACCGAGAACUGCCUCAAAGCAGUGACACUCAACCUCCACAAUCUGGGCAAGGUCAUCCGGAUCCAGAACAACGGUGGUGUGUUCCUGAACUCCAUCUUUACCCAGCUGCCUGUGUCAACAGCUGGCGGCAUCACCAUCUUCAGUCCAUCAUCCUUCUUCAUCAUAGUGGAGACAGGCAUGGGGCUGCAGCUUCAAGUACAGCUGGAGCCCCUCAUGCAGGUGUUUGUCAGGCUGGACCCCUCCUACCACGGCCAGAUGUGUGGCCUGUGUGGAAACUUCAACCAGAACCAGGCUGAUGACUUCACAGCCCUCAGUGGGGUGGUGGAGGGCACGGGAGCAGCCUUCUCCAACACCUGGAAGAGUCAACCUUCCUGCCCCAACUCCAAGAACACCUAUGAGGACCCCUGCUCAUACAGUGUGGAGAAUGAGAAAUUUGCCCAGAAGUGGUGCUCGAUGCUCACUGAUGUCUCAGGAGUUUUCUCAGCCUGUCAUACCACUGUCAGCCCAGGAACCUUCUACUCGAACUGUGUAUUUGACGCAUGCAACUGUGAAAAUAGUGAGGACUGCAUGUGUGCGGCCCUGUCCGCCUACGCGUUUGCCUGUGCUGCCAAAGGCGUGCUGCUCAAAGGCUGGAGGGAGGGAGUCUGCUACAAUUACAUGAGCAAGUGUCCCCAAACCAAGAAGUACUUCUAUACGGUGAGUACUUGCGAGCCUACCUGCCGCUCUCUGAGUGAACCCGACAUGGCCUGUGGCGUUUCCUUUGUGCCCGUGGAUGGAUGCACCUGCCCUGGAGGCACCUUGCUAAAUGACAAGGGCUACUGUGUGACUGAAGAGGAGUGUCCCUGCUACUUCCAUGGAAAUGUGAUAGCUCCCAGAGAGAUGGUCAUAGACGAUGGCGUGGCAUGCACGUGUGUAAACGGGAAGUUGAGCUGCCUGGGAGCCCUGAUGCAGAGAAGCACAGGGUGCAAGGCGCCUAUGGUAUACCUGGAUUGUAACAAUGCCUCAGUGGGUGCCCAAGGGUCUGAAUGCCUCAGAAGCUGCCACACGUUGGAUGUGGGCUGUUUCAGCACACGCUGUGUCUCGGGCUGCGUGUGUCCCUCAGGGCUGGUGGCAGAUGGGAAUGGGGGCUGCAUUGCUGAGGAGGACUGUCCCUGCGUACACAACGAGGCCACCUAUAGACCUGGGGAGGUCAUCCGGGUAGACUGCAAUAACUGCACCUGCAGGAACCGCCGGUGGGAGUGCACUGAUCAGCCCUGCAUGGGUGCAUGUGUGGCCUAUGGGGAUGGCCACUUUGUCACCUUUGAUGGUGAACGCUACGUCUUUGAAGGCAGCUGCGAGUAUACCUUGGCUCAGGACUACUGCAGAGGCAAUGCCAGUGCUGAUGGGACCUUCCGUAUUGUCACUGAAAAUGUCCCUUGUGGGACGACAGGAACCACCUGCUCCAAGGCCAUCAAAAUCUUUGUGGAGAGCUAUGAGCUAAUUCUUCAUGAAGGGAACUUCAAGGUGGUAGAGAGAGGGUCAAGUGGGAACAUCCCAUUCAAGAUCAGAUACAUGGGCAUCUUCCUGGUCAUUGAGAUGCGCAGUGGGAUAGUCGUAUCCUGGGACAGAAAGACCAGUGUGUUCAUUCGACUGCAGCAGCAUUACAAGGGCAGGGUCUGUGGCCUGUGUGGGAACUUUGAUGACAAUGCCAUCAAUGACUUCACUACACGCAGCCAGUCUGUGGUGGGAGAUGUGCUGGAGUUUGGAAAUAGCUGGAAGUUCUCUCCAUCCUGCCCGGAUGCCCCGGUGCCCAAGGACCCCUGUACCGCCAACCCUUACCGCAAGUCCUGGGCCCAGAAGAAGUGUAGCAUCAUCAACAGUGCAACCUUUGCUGCCUGCCACUCUCAGGUCGACUCUACAAAAUACUACGAAGCCUGUGUGCAUGAUGUGUGUGCCUGCGACUCAGGGGGUGACUGCGAGUGUUUCUGCACUGCUGUGGCUGCCUAUGCCCAGGCUUGCCGUGAUAUGGGGGUGUGCCUGUCCUGGAGGACACCAGACAUCUGCCCUCUUUUCUGUGACUACUACAACCCUCAUGGGGAAUGCGAGUGGCAUUACCAGGCCUGUGGAGCCCCCUGUCUGAAGACCUGUCGGAACCCAGAUGGACACUGCCUUGUUGACCUGCCAGGCCUGGAAGGCUGCUACCCACAGUGCCCACCCAGCCAGCCUUUCUUCAACGAGGACCAGAUGAAGUGUGUGGCCCAGUGUGGCUGCUAUGAUGGUGACGGGAACCACCAUGACAUCGGCACACAGGUCCCUACAGCUGAGAAUUGCCAGAGCUGUCUCUGCACCCCCAGUGGCCUACAGUGUGUUCACAACCUUACAGCCUGCACAUGCGUCUAUGAUGGCCAUACCUACCACUACAACGACGUUGUCUACAACACCACGGAUGGCCUUGGUGCCUGCCUAGUGGCCAUCUGCAAAGACAAUGGGACUAUACUACGCACAGCUGAAGAGUGCCCUGAAGCCCUGUCUACCACACCGUUCACAUUCACCACCACCCUGGCACCCCUUGCCACAACAGGCUCAGCUCACACUGUGUCCACUGUAUGUGUCCACGAAGUCUGUCACUGGUCAAUUUGGUAUGAUGAGAACCACCCAGAACCUGGCGCAACAGGUGGGGACUUUGAAACAUUAGAGAUCCUGAGGCAGAAAGGGUACCAGGUGUGUCAAACCCCUUCUGCUAUCGAGUGCCGUGCAAAGAACUUCCCCAGCAUGGAUUUACAGACGCUGGGUCAGAAGGUGAACUGUGACCCAUUCUUGGGGCUAAAAUGCCUCAACAGUGAGCAGAGCCCCCCACUCUGCUACAACUACGAGUUGAGGGUUCUGUGUUGUGAUUAUGUGCCCUGUACUUCCUCUAUAACCUUGGGCACAAGUACCACCUACUCCCAGUCUGGAAUGAGUAGAAAACCCUCUUUGUCCACUCUCAGCACUCACACAGCACCCUCAAAAUUCCAGCCUAGUCCCUCCUGGACCACGGAAGGAAAAGAGACAUCCUUGGAUACGAUUUAUAGCUCAAGCCAAACACUGCCUUUCACCUCAAAAAGCAGGGACACUUCACACCCUACGUUGUCCGGGCACACUGUCAGCAGCCUCUCCACAUCCAGCCCUACCUGGACUACAACAGUUACAGAGACCAUGAUGCACACAACGUUCAGCUCCCAGCCAGUACCAGUAUUCACUUCACACACCGGGGCCACUCCAACCCCAAGCACAGUCACACACUCAGUCAGCAGCCCCGAGACCUCCACCACCUGCCAACCCCAAUGUCAGUGGACAGAGUGGAUCGACACAAACUACCCCACGUCUGACAUUAAGGGAGGGGACAUCGAGACAUACGAGAGGAUCAGGGCCACUGGAAUAAAAAUCUGUGCACAGCCUCAGGACAUCAAGUGUGUGGCCGAGAACUACCCCGGAUCCAGCCUGGAGAGGUUGGGUCAGAAAGUGAAGUGUGACGUCAGUUCCGGUCUGGUGUGUUCCAACCGGGACCAGAAAGGCGCUUUCAAAAUGUGCUACAACUACAUGAUCAGUGUGCUGUGCUGCAAUGUCAGCCACUGCCAGGGAGCUACCCCCACUGCAGGGUCAGCUCCAACGCUGGGCACUGCCACCACGGCAGGGUCAGCGCCAACGCUGGGCACUGCCACCACGGCAGGGUCAAUGCCAACGCUGGGCACUGCCACCACUGAAGGGUCAGCGCCAACGCCAGGAACUGCCACCACUGCAGGGUCAGCUCCAACGCUGGGAACUGCCACCACGGCAGGGUCAAUGCCAACGCUGGGCACUGCCACCACUGAAGGGUCAGCGCCAACGCCGGGCACUGCCACCACGGCAGGGUCAGCUCCAACACCAGGCACUGCCACCACGGCAGGGUCAAUGCCAACGCUGGGAACUGCCACCACUGCAGGGUCAUCCCCAAUGCCAGAAACUGUCACCUCUACUACACAGACUCUGUCCUCCAAACCUUAUCCCAGCACUAGUCCAGUUGAGUCCUGGUCUUCCUCAGGCACCAGCUUCCACACCUCAGAGAUGCCCACCUCUGGGACCCUGACUACAAGUGUGUCACCUGCACCCAGCACUCCUCUGACAGCCACCUCAGUGAGCACCCAACAUCCCAAAAGUCUAGAAUCCUUUGGCACCCUAUCAGCAGUGGCGACCAGGUCCACCUCUCAGGGGCACUCCCUGCCUCGCAGCAGUCCCCACACCACCCACACAUUCUCAGUAACAACCUCAAAGACAUCCCUGUCCAGCACGGCAACCAUCUCUACCUCCCUGACCACACCAGGACCCUCCAAUACUCCUCCUGGAAGCACUACCAUGAGUCCAGCCAUAGCUGCCUCCACGACCAGAGCAGUUACUGAGACCCUGUCCUCAAGGCCACAUGCCAAGACCACCCCAGGACUCACUGGAGCUCCCUCAGCCAGCACCACAGCAGAGCUCAGCAUACAGACCGGGGCCACUUCAACACCCAGCACAGUCACACGCUCAGUCAGCAGCCCCGAGACCUCCACCACCUGCCAACCCCAAUGUCAGUGGACAAAGUGGAUCGACACAGACUACCCCACGUCUGACAUUCAGGGAGGGGACAUCGAGACAUACGAGAGGAUCAGGGCCACUGGAAUAAAAAUCUGUGCACAGCCUCUGGACAUCAAGUGUGUGGCCGAGAACUACCUCGGAUCCAGCCUGGACAGGGUGGGUCAGAAAGUGAAGUGUGACGUCAGUUCCGGUCUGGUGUGCUUCAACCGGGACCAGAAAGGCGCUUUCAAAAUGUGCUACAACUACAUGAUCAAAGUGCUGUGCUGCAAUGUCAGCCACUGCCAGGGAGCUACCCCCACUGCAGGGUCAGCUCCAACGCUGGGCACUGCCACCACGGCAGGGUCAAUGCCAACGCUGGGCACUGCCACCACGGCAGGGUCAGCUCCAACGCCGGGAACUGCCACCAUUGCAGGGUCAUCCCCAACACCGGGAACUGCCACAACUACCACUUCCAGGACAGCCACACACCCUUCUUGGCCUGUGUCCAGCUUGACCACCAGCACCAGCACCAGAGAGUCAUUUUCUUCUUCUGGAAAAACUACAGUCCUCACUGUGCCUUCUUCUAUAGCCACAGUGACACCCAAGGCAACUCCGACCACAUCCUUGCUAUCUACCCUUACACCCACAGGGACCACUUCCACGGGUUGUACAUCUCGAUGUACCUGGACCGAUUGGCUAGACAGUGACAAGCCCCAACCUGGACAAUUUGGGGGAGACAUUGAGACCUACUACCAUAUAACAAACAAGACAGGUAUCCAGAUAUGCAAGAAACCUGUGGACAUUGAAUGUGAGGCCAUCCUCUUCCCCAAUAUGUCCUUCCAACAGCUGGGCCAGGAAGUGGUUUGCAAUGUGGACUUUGGACUCAUCUGCAGGAACAGCAAGCAGGCCAACAACCAAACCUGUUUCAAUUACCAUAUCCGUGUGCUAUGCUGCGAGGAAGAUAUCAGCUGUAUAAGCACAACUGGGUCGUUGUCUCCCUCCUCCACCCAAGAGACUGCAUCCCCUGUCACAGCAGGACCACCGUCUACCAUGUCCACAUCAGCACCUGGAUUUCCCAGCACAGGCUCCAUUUCCACAAGCAAGUGGCCAUCAGAGGAGCCAAUACCCUUAACUUCAUUCACAACCCAAGGGGGACCAUCUUCCCCUAGAAUGGAAAGCAUUGUCUCUGUUGCCACAACCAGAACUACUGGGAGUUUCUCCAUCUCUAGUCUCUCUACCCUUUCAGCCUCUCCCACCAGCCUCCUCCAAAGCUCAAAGGAGACACACUCAGAAAAACCGAGCACAAUUUCGUGGACAGACUCCUCCAGUGUUCCCAGUACUACCAAGCUGACGACCUCCACUGGCACAGGGCUCUCCAGAACCACAACCACAUUGUGGAACAGCCUGCCCACUAUCACUUCAUCCCUGGUCACCAAAUCCAUCCAUCCCAUCUCUACCACGAUGACAACGGACAGGCCUCAAACAGCAAUCACCAAUGACUUCUCCAAAAGUCACUCUCUGUUGCCGAGUAGCCGCCCUAUCACCAUAACAUCUUCAGCCACAGCAAUAAGCAUGAAUGUCACCAGCAAAACACACUCGCCUACCUCCCUGACCACACCAGGACCCUCCAAUACUCCUCCUGGAAGCACUACCAUGAGUCCAGCCAUAGCUGCCUCCACGACCAGAGCAGUUACUGAGACCCUGUCCUCAAGGCCACAUGCCAAGACCACCCCAGGACUCACUGGAGCUCCCUCAGCCAGCACCACAGCAGAGCUCAGCAUACAGACAGGGGCCACUUCAACACCCAGCACAGUCACACGCUCAGUCAGCAGCCCCGAGACCUCCACCACCUGCCAACCCCAAUGUCAGUGGACAAAGUGGAUCGACACAGACUACCCCACGUCUGACAUUCAGGGAGGGGACAUCGAGACAUACGAGAGGAUCAGGGCCACUGGAAUAAAAAUCUGUGCACAGCCUCAGGACAUCAAGUGUGUGGCCGAGAACUACCUCGGAUCCAGCCUGGACAGGGUGGGUCAGAAAGUGAAGUGUGACGUCAGUUCCGGUCUGGUGUGCUUCAACCGGGACCAGAAAGGCGCUUUCAAAAUGUGCUACAACUACAUGAUCAAAGUGCUGUGCUGCAAUGUCAGCCACUGCCAGGGAGCUACCCCCACUGCAGGGUCAGCUCCAACACUGGGCACUGCCACCACGGCAGGGUCAGCUCCAACGCCGGGCACUGCCACCACGGCAGGGUCAAUGCCAACGCUGGGAACUGCCACCACUGAAGGGGUCAAUGCCAACGCUGGGAACUGCCACCACGGCAGGGUCAAUGCCAACGCUGGGCACUGCCACCACUGCAGGGUCAGCUCCAACGCUGGGAACUGCCACCACGGCAGGGUCAAUGCCAACGCUGGGAACUGCCACCACUGCAGGACACUGCCAGUAACCAUGACUCCUGCCACCACCAGCCAGGGCAUGACAGCCUGCCAGCCCAAGUGUAAGUGGACUGAGUGGUUUGAUGUGGACUCACCCACUUCAGGAGUAGUAAAAGGGGACAUGGAGACCUAUGAGAACAUCAGGGCCUCUGGUAAGAAUUUGUGCCAGGCACCAAAGAAGAUUGAGUGUCGGGCAGAGAACUACCCUGCAGUGAGCAUUGAUAAAAUUGGCCAAGUUGUAAGGUGCAGCCUGGAGUUAGGGCUGGUCUGCAAAAAUGAGGACCAGACAGAUGAUUUCAAAAUGUGCUUCAACUAUGGCAUACGUGUGCUUUGCUGUGAUGACUAUAGCCACUGCCCUAGUACAACUUCUGUUCAGCCCACAUUAACCAUGAAUAAGCCUAAAGUCAGCAAACAGGUCCCCACCACGGCCACCACCUCAUCAGGAAGACAAGGACACUCCACCAAAGCAACCACCUCCUCAAAAAGUGCCCAGAGUCUGGCUACCAACACUUUCCACACAGGACCUGCAUCUUCUGCACACUCAGUCAGCAGCCCCGAGACCUCCACCACCUGCCAACCCCAAUGUCAGUGGACAAAGUGGAUCGACACAGACUACCCCACGUCUGACAUUAAGGGAGGGGACAUUGAGACAUAUGAGAGGAUCAGGGCCACUGGAAUAAAAAUCUGUGCACAGCCUCUGGACAUCAAGUGUGUGGCCGAGAACUACCCCGGAUCCAGCCUGGACAGGGUGGGUCAGAAAGUGAAGUGUGACGUCACCUCCGGUCUGGUGUGCUUCAACCGGGACCAGAAAGGCGCUUUCAAAAUGUGCUACAACUACAUGAUCAGUGUGCUGUGCUGCAAUGUCAGCCACUGCCAGGGAGCUACCCCCACUGCAGGGUCAGCUCCAACACUGGGCACUGCCACCACGGCAGGGUCAGCACCAACGCCGGGCACUGCCACCACGGCAGGGUCAGCUCCAACGCCGGGCACUGCCACCACGGCAGGGUCAGCUCCAACGCCGGGCACUGCCACCACGGCAGGGUCAACGCCAACACGGGGCACUGCCACCAUGGCAGGGUCAACACCAACGCCGGGCACUGCCACCACGGCAGGGUCAACACCAACACCGAGCACUGCCACCACGGCAGGGUCAGCUCCAACGCCAGACACUGCCACCACGGCAGGGUCAAUGCCAAUGCCGGGCACUGCCACCACGGCAGGGUCAACGCCAAUGCCGGGCACUGCCACCACGGCAGGGUCAACGCCAAUGCCGGGCACUGCCACCACGGCAGGUACUACAGGUGUCUCCACUCUGCCUUCCAGCUCCACAGGCUGCAAGCCUCGAUGCACCUGGACAGACUGGAUGGACCAGAACCUUCCUAUCCCUGGGAGUUCUGGAGGGGAGUUUGAGACCUAUGCCAAUAUUAGAGCAGCUGGAAUCACAAUCUGUGAAAAGCCCUUGGACGUAGAAUGUGACACUGUGGAUCCACCCAGUGUGGGUCCACUGGAGCAAGUGGUCAACUGCAGUGUGGACUUUGGUCUGGUGUGUAGGAACGUGGACCAGCUGGGGCCCUUUAGUGUGUGCUCCAACUACCGCAUUCGUGUGCUUUGCUGUGAUGACUACAGCCACUGUCCUAGCACCUCUUCCAGUACCAUCAAGUCAGCCUUGCCCUGGUCUACCCAUAGUCCCCUGGUCCCUUUCACAACCUCGGUGUCCUCAAGCACUGAGUCUACCUUUCAGAGCAACCACCCCUUCAGCUCCCCAGUGCCAAGCACCCAAGCAUCUACAUGGACCACAUUUCAUUACUCCAGCUGUGUACCUCACUGUGCAUGGACAGACUGGUUUGAUGCAGACUACCCCAACCCUGGCCCCAGAGGUGGGGACUUUGAAGUCUACGCAGUGUUACGUGAGGUUGGCUAUGUCUUCUGUGAGCAGCCCAAGGACAUCCAGUGCCGCUCUGAGAAGGAGCCAGACAAGCCCCUGCAAAGUCUAGAGCAGGUGGUCCUGUGUGAUGUGCGAUUUGGGCUGAUAUGCAAAAAUAUCAACCAAUCGGGGCCUUUGCAGUACUGUGACAACUACCAUGUCCGCCUUCUCUGCUGUGACAACUAUAGCCACUGCAGCACAUCACCUAUGGCUACCACCUCCACUGCUCCUUCUACCUCUCACCUGCUGUCUAGCCACACCUCCACAGCUUCAAAUACCAUGACUUCUUUACCUGUGGUCCCCAGCUCCAUGGCGGCCCAUUCUUCCCCAGCAUCUGCUCACACCUCCCCAGUUUUGACCACUGGGACGUCACCGGUAGCCACUGGCCCCAUUGUGGCCCCCUCCUCUCCCUCAAGGAUGACUCACACCCCUCAAGCUUCCUCCAGCAGCCAGGUGACCUUCAGUGUGUCUACUGCUUCUCCAUCGGGCUUCAGUACCCUCAGGCCUACUGUCUUUUCCAGCCAAACAUUUACCCCAACACGCUGUUUCUGCCAGGCCUUUGGACAGCUGUUCUCACCUGGGGAUGUCAUCUACAAUAAGACUGAUGGAGCUGGCUGCCAAUUCUAUGCCAUUUGCAGCCAGGACUGUGAUGUCGACCGCUUCCGGGGUGCCUGCCCUUCCUCUUCACCUCCAGUGCCCUCUACCCCUGAGCCUUUGUCUCCCCUGCUUCCUGGCUGUGAUAAUGCCAUCCCUCCCCGGAAGGUGAAUGAAUCUUGGACCCUGGAGAACUGUACAGUGGCCACGUGCCAGGGCAACAAUCAAAUCAUCCUCCUAGAGCCAAAGCCUGUGGACAAUGUCACCUGUGUCAACAAGCACUUGCCCAUCAAAGUGUGGGACCAGGAGCCUUGCCACUUCCAUUAUGAGUGCAAAUGCUUCUGCAGCGGAUGGGGGUACUCACAUUACCUGACGUUCGAUGGCACCUCCUACACUUUCCUGGACAACUGUACAUCGGUGCUCAUGAGAGAGAUCCACCCGCGCCAUGGCAACCUGAGCAUCCUUGCUCACAGCUACUACUGUGGGGCUACCACUGAUGUCACCUCCUGUCCCCGCGCCCUGAGCAUCUACUAUAACUCCACAGAGAUUGUUCUCACCAUCACUGCCACUGUCAGUGGGAAGGAGGAGAGCCUGGUUAUAUGGGACCAAAUGUGGAUACGUUCAGGCUUCAGUAAAAAUGGUGUGACUGUGUCCUUGAGUGGGGCCACCACGAUGAGUGUCAACAUUCCCACCAUUGACACCAGCAUUACCUUUGAUGGGCACAUCUUCCAGAUAUGGUUGCCCUACAGAUACUUCAGCAACAAUACUGAGGGCCAGUGCGGUACCUGCACAAACAGCCAGACAGAUGACUGCCGCCGGCCUGAUGGCACCAUAGCUUCCAACUGCCAGGACAUGGCCAAAGAAUGGCUGGUGCCUGGGAACGGCAGCAAUGACUGCUUAGUUCAGCCUACCCAUCCCCCAAGCACCACUCCCCAGUCUCUAGUGUCCAGUACGCCCACCUCCACCCCAUGCCCCUCUGCACCUCUCUGUGAGCUGAUGAUGAGCCAGGUCUUUGCUGAGUGCCACAGGCUCGUCCCUCCAGAUGCCUUCUUCAGAACCUGUGUCAGUGACCACUGCAGUGCCAAUUUUACUGACUCACUCUGUCAGAGCCUGGAGGCUUAUGCAGCACUCUGCCGGACCCAGGGCGUAUGCACCAACUGGCGCAAUGCCACUGGAGGGCUCUGUGACCUCUCCUGCCCACCCACUAAGGAGUACAGGCCUUGUGGACCCUUGCAUCCAGCAUCCUGCAGUUCCAGGACCCUGAAUGUUUCAACUGGGAUGCUGGCAGAGGGCUGCUUCUGCCCCGAAAAUCAGCUCCUCUUCAACUCACGCAUGGACAUCUGUGUGCCAGAGUGUCCCUGCGUGGGACCAGAUGGGCUACCCAAGUUUCCUGGAGAACACUGGAUCAGCAACUGCCAGGCAUGUGUGUGUGACCCCAGCUCCGUGUCAGUACAGUGUGAGCCAGUAAAGUGUGAGAACCAGGAUGGGCUCCCACAGUGCACAGAAGCGGGCUUUGUGACUGUGACCAGGCCCAGCGCUGACAAUCCAUGCUGCCCUGAAACAGUGUGUGUCUGCAAUGUAACCACCUGCCCCGAGAGUCUGCCCAAGUGUGAUCCAGGGCAUGAGCUGAUCCACACCCGUGAGAACGGCAGCUGCUGUCCCAGCUCCAGCUGUCGACCCAAGCUGUGCACAUACAAUGACACCAUCUAUGGGGUCGGUGCAAUCUUCCCAGGGGAUGCACCCUGCCAAAUGUGUACCUGCUCCUCUGAGGGCGAUGAAGAACCAAAAGUAGAAUGUAGACAGAUCCUCUGUAAUAGCGUGUGUUCCCAGGGCUUCAAGUACACGUUAGUGCCAGAGCAGUGCUGCGGAGAGUGUGUACAGGAUGCCUGCCUCACACCAGAGGGCCUGGCAGUACAGCCCAAUGAGACCUGGGUGAACAGUCACACGGACAACUGCACUGUGUACCACUGUAGGACUGAGAAUGGAACCUAUGUACUCACCCCAAGUCCCACACCUUGCCCUGAUGUGUCCAACUGUAGGGGAACCUUAAGGAAAACUGGUUGCUGCUAUUCCUGUGAAAAAGAAGACUCAAGGACGUGUCAAGUGCAUGUAAACACAACCAUCUUGCGACACAAGGGCUGUGAAACAGAGGUGGCAGUCAACAUCACCUUCUGCGAGGGCUCCUGCUCUGGAAUGUCCAAGUACUCCAUGGAGGCCCAGGCUAUGGAGCAUCAGUGCAGCUGCUGUCAGGAGAGCAAGGUCCAUGAUGUAGCUGUGACCAUGCACUGUCCCAAUGGUACAGUCAUCCAGCACAUCUAUGCCCACAUCGAUGAGUGCAGCUGUGCCCUGGCCUGCAGCUCCCUGCCCAUGACUUCCAUGAACACUCCCUAGAGCCCACUGCUGGAAGGCAAUUGUGUCCCCCAACCCCUCAUGUCCCUCUACCUGGAGCAGAGCCUGCACAACUGACCAUGAAAACCUUAGGCAGGCAUGCUCCAUGAGGCCCGCAACUACCCUCUCUGGCUCCCACUGCCUCUGCUCCACCCUCUGCCUAGCACUCAGUGAAACCAGCAUGGUGGAGGGUAAUGGGACAAUUAAGAUCAACUUGAGGAGGGUGCCAGGUGAGGAUCUGGCCCUUGGAGGACCCUGUUGGCUGUCUCAGCCUCAGCCUCUGUCAGAGAGCCUGUGGCUAUAGGGCUCCCCACAGCAAGCCUGUGUGCCCUCUGUCACACAAAGAAAGUCCUCUGUCAGUCAUCUCAAGUUCACAAGGGCAGAUGGGACCAUCCAAGUAAGGCCAACUACCAGAGAGCUAUGUCAGGCAAGGUGGCUUGCCUGCUGGAGGGGCCCUGGGAUCUGGGGUUGGAGAGGGGCCUGUGCUUGCCCAUCCUUAAGCUGCAAUAAACCCUGGCACUAC